AUGGAAAACAUUGAACUGAAUGUGCUGGGAAUGGUAAGCAGCUCCUGCAAGCCAUCUGCAGGCAACUCCGACUCUGAGCCAGAGGAAAGGAGCAGUGGCUUCGGGUUGAAGCCACCAAGGCUGGUCCACGGCCAGGCCCCCAGCCAGGUCUGCCCAGCCAUCUGCAGGCAAUUCCGACUCCGAGCCAGAGGAGAGGAGCAGUGGCUUCGGGUGAAGCCGCCAAAGCUGAUCCACGGCCAGGCCCCCAGCCACCCAGCCAGGUCUGCCCAGCCAUCUGCAGGCAAUUCCGACUCCGAGCCAGAGGAGAGGAGCAGUGGCUUCGGGUUGAAGCCGCAGACGCUGAUCCACGGCCAGGCCCCCAGCGCAGGUCUGCCAAGCCAGGAGCCCAGGGAAAAGCAGCGGAGUGUGCUUCGUACGGCAGAUCAGGCCCCGCAGCCAAAGGCACUGUCCCAGAUGGUCCCCAGCAGUGGCACCAAUGGGGUCAGCCUCCCAGCCGACUGCACAGAGGCCGUGCCAGCAGCAUCCCCUGACAAUCCUGCACGGAAGAGUCCUUCCCAAGCUGCCAACGAGGUGUGUGCACUUGAGGAGAAAGAGCCCCAGAAAAAUGAGUCCAGCGAUGCCUCUGAAGAGGAAGCCUGUGAGAAAAAAGACCCCACCACACUACAAGCAUUUGUACUUGGGCAGAACUUGAGGGACGGAGUUAAGCUGAUCAAUGAGAGUGCGGACAAAGCCGACAUGGAGAGUGCUGGACACCCCACCCAGUGCAGACACGCCAGCCGGACAAACUAUUUCCUUCAGCGUAUCAGUUCCAGUUUAGAGAACUCAACCAAUAGUGCCGAUGCCUCCAGCAACAAACUCGUAUUUGGCCAGAAUUUGAGUGAGCGAGUUUUGAGCUUUCCAAAAUUAAAUGAGGUCAGUUCAGAUGCCAGUAGGGAAAAUGCAGCUGCCAACGCGGGGUCCACGUCCUCAUCCCAAGAGGCCACCCCCGAGAAGGAGUCCCUGGCCAAGUCGGCAGCCGCCUACACCAAGGCAAAGGAGCGGAAGUGCUUGUUGGAAAAAAGUGGAAGUCAUCACGGGGAGGAGGCGGAGAGCAACGUGUUACAGAUGUAGUGCAAGCUCUUUGUCUUUGACAAGGCCUCACAGUCCUGGGUGGAGAGAGGCCGGGGGCUGCUCAGACUCAAUGACAUGGCGUCCACUGACGAUGGCACGCUACAGUCCCGACUAGUAAUGCGGACCCAGGGGAGCCUGCGACUGAUCCUCCUCAACACCAAGCUGUGGGCCCAGAUGCAGAUCGACAAGGCCAGCGAGAAGAGCAUCCGCAUCAUGGCCAUGGACACCGAGGACCAGGGCGGGAAGGUCUUCCUGAUCUCGGCCAGCUCCAAGGACACAGGUCAGCUGUAUGCAGCCCUGCAGCACCACAUCCUGGCCUUAGGCAGCCGCGGGGAGUGGGAGCAGGUGGCCAAGAUGCCCGCCCCGGAGCCUGGAGCAGCCCCAUCCAACGAGGAGGAUGACAGUGACGACGACGAUGUCCUGGCUCCUUCAGGGGCAACUGCAGCCGGUGCUAAUGACGAAGGGGACGGGCAGACGACUGGGAGCACAUAGCGGCCGGGAGCCCAGCUGCACACCAGGCUGCUGCUU